ACGAACCGCAUGCCAAUGCGAGCUUGAGCGAAUAAAUAUUCAGAACAUCGGCACUGCAAAGACUGAGCCAACUGAUCGUGAUCGGUGCUGGUGACAAAACGAUGCUCGACUAUGUGUUAAGGGUCCUCUUCGCGGUCACUGCGCUCUCUGGUGGAGUCUCCGGCUUCCCCGCGGCCCCCGGCCCCGGCCCGGCCGGACAGUCCCACAUCACAUCGAUGGGAACUUCCGGACAAAGUCGCUUCGGUCCGCUCCGUUUCCGCCGGGACAGGACUUUCCAUGUGUCCAUCUUUGAAGACCUUCACUUUGGCGAAAAUGCCUGGGAGUCCUGGGGACCGCAGCAGGACAUCCACUCGGUCAAGGUCAUCGAGACAAUCCUCGAUGCCGAGCCCCGAACUGACCUCGUCGUCCUGAACGGCGACCUCAUCACCGGCGAGAACACAUUCAUCGAGAACAGCACCCACUAUGUCGACCAGAUCGUGCACCCCAUGCUCCAGAGAGGGCUGACCUGGGCCUCGACCUACGGAAACCACGACAACGACUUCAACAUCUCCGCCUCGGCCAUCCUCGCACGCGAGCGGCUCUGGCCCAACGCCCGCACCAGCCAGAUGGUGUCGGACCCAAACGCCGGCGUGUCGAACUACUACCUGCCCGUCUACGCAGCCGACUGCCACCCCGGCAGGGAGCGGCACGGCGGCUGCCGGCCGGAGCUGCUGCUCUGGUUCUUCGACAGCCGCGGCGGCUUCGAGUUCCAACAGCGCGACCCGGCGACGGGUGACCGCGUCGGCAAGCCGAACUGGGUCGACACGCGCGUGGUCGACUGGUUCCGUGAAACUAACGCUCAGCUUGUCCGCGCCGCGGGCGGACGCGUCAUCCCAUCCCUAGCAUUUGUCCAUAUCCCCACGAACGCGUCCCUUGCGCUGCAGGAAAAGGGGGUGGACCCACACCGCCAGCCGGGCAUCGACGACGACAAGCCGCUGGCCCAGCAAGCGCAGGGUUGGUGUCCUGACGGAGUUAACGAUGGAAGCAGGUGUGAGUAUGGCGUGCAGGACGUGCCGUUUAUGCAGGCCAUUGCCUCCACGCCAGGCCUCAUGGCGCUGUUCUCGGGUCACGACCACGGGGAUACUUGGUGCUACAAGUGGGAGGGCUUGCUGCCGGGCAUGACGGUCGAGGGGUGUGGUGUGAAUCUCUGCUUUGGCCAGCAUUCCGGGUAUGGUGGGUACGGGAGCUGGAUUCGCGGCGCGAGGCAGGUGGUUGUGUCGCUGAAGGGGCUGGAGGAUCUGGCUGUCGAUACCUACAUUCGCCUCGAAUCCGGGGAUGCUGUUGGCGCCGUCGCGCUCAACCGGACCUAUGGGCAGGACUGGUACCCGGCGACGCCGAACGACAAGACGAGAAUGCCGACGGGUGGCAGUUAGGUCUAUGCGCGACUUGCCAUUGCCUGGCGGAUAAAAGGAAUAAUGAUACAGUUCUUUUCCAACAACAAUAAGCCGGUUCUGGAACUACUUGAAUGUGUUUCCUGAGGC